UUUUUGACAUUCUGAUAUUUAUUUUUUCUUUUAUUUAUUUAAGGAAAGAAAAAAGAUGACAUAUUCUAAUAAUUCCACACACUUUACACACACACACAGUAGGGUGUGUUGAGACCCCACAAUUUCUAAUAAUGGCAACUUGUUGAAAUUAAAUCAACAAUAAAGCCUCUUCCUCAUCCUUUCCUUCCCUUAUUUCAACGCCUCCAUUUCUGUACAUUUCACAUUUCUCCCCCAACUUCUUCUUCUUCAUCACAACAAACCCUAAUCAAACAAACAAACAUAUAAAUAUUUAUUUAUUUAAUUCUUGAAAAAAUGAAGAUCCAAUGUGAUGUGUGCGAAAAAGAGGAAGCAUCAGUUUUCUGCGUCGCCGACGAGGCAGCCCUCUGCUCCGCCUGCGACCACCGCGUCCACCACGCCAACAAACUCGCCGGAAAACACCAGCGCUUCUCCCUCCACCACCCUUCCCCCAAACAAGCCCCCCUCUGCGACAUCUGCAAGGAGAGAAGGGCUUUCUUGUUUUGCCAGCAAGACAGAGCGAUUCUGUGCAGAGAGUGUGAUUUCCCAAUCCACAACGCAAAUGAGCACACACAGAAACACACUAGAUUCCUCCUCACAGGUGUCAAACUCUCCGCAACUUCCGUCCUUUAUUCAGAUUCCGCAGAUGCUGUUCCCACCAUUACUAAAACCCCUCACCAAAGCGGCGCCGCCGCCGCCGCCGCCGCCGCGCCGGAAUCAUCAUGUGACAGAAGUAACAGCCUCCCCCACCAGUGUAUAUCUGAUUACUUGAUGGACACGCUGCCAGGCUGGCACGUUGAGGACUUUCUUGAUUCUUCUUCUCCUUCUCCUCCUCAGGCUUUCUAUAAGAAUGGAGAGAAUGAUAUGAUGCUGCCACUGUGGGAAGAUGAAAUUGGGAGCAAUAUGAGUGGCUUUCCAGCAGAGAAAAUGGGGGUGUGGGUCCCACAAGCUCCCCCCACUUUGAAUUAUCAGACACAAAGCAAAUCAUCCUAUGAUCAUCAUCAGUUCACUGCAGAUUUGGGAUUUGGGACAAGUAAUAGUGGUAAUAAUAAUAAUAAUAAUUACCUGAAAAAUAGCAGCAGAAAUUGGAGUGAAGACAGCUCCUUUAUUGUUCCACAGAUCUCUCCAUCUUUGAAUACUGGAUCCAAGAGAUCUAGAACUUUCUGGUAGUCCCAUCAGCAAAAAAAAAAAAAAAAAAAAAAAAAAAUUACAUCAUAAUAUCAAAUUACUGAUAUUGCUUUUUUUUUUUUUUUUUUAAUUAUUAUUAUUUCUUGUGUUUCUUGACUGAUGUAGUUUGAUCUUUUCUUUGACCACUUUGUGCUUCGAGGCAGGCAGCUAAUAUGUAAUUUACUGUUUAGAAAAUUGGAUCUUUCUUUCUGUAAAUAUAUUUCGGCUCUGUUGAGAUGAAAAAACGAACAUGGUUUAUUUCA